AUGAGAUAAUAUGAAUACAUUUGCAAAACUGAUUGAAUUAUAUCAACUAAAUUAGCAAAACAAUAAAUAAGCGAACAUUUAUGAACAAAAUAUGACUUACCAAAUGCAUUCUCAAAACCGAUUAAACUGGCAAACACGAAUUAAUGAGCACUUCUGAAUAAAUUAACACUCGGAACAAAAUCAAACUUUAUCAAGGUAAUUUAUAAUGAAACGCAUUAACCACUCGUGAAUAUUAAAUAGCAAGGGUUGAUAACGGGGCCCCACCACGUGGUCGCGUCACGUGGUCGCAUCACGUGACGCUCAGGCCGCGCAGCCAUUGACGAUCUGGUUCGACUCCGGCUGAAGUUCCCGUGAGGAGAUUUUUUUAUCUCUAAUCUCAAAUCUCUCGUCUCAACCCCUCAAGCCUCCUCUCACCCCGCUCAGCUGAGACUCCCCAGAGAUGUGCGACAUCAACAUCGACAACUUCUUCCAGAAGCUUCCGGAGAUGAGAGAGGCGAUCUUCCAGGCGGACUUCAUCGCUAUCGACACGGAGCUCAGUGGACUGGACGCGGGGCCUCUCUCGCGCUUCAGUCUGUUCGACUCCCCGCGAGACCACUACACCCGGAGGAGGGAGAGCGCCCUGGUCUACUCCAUCGUGCAGCUUGGAUUGUCGGCCUUCAAACAGGACAAUGAGGUGGAAGGCAGGUUCAGUGUACGCACGUACAAUCUGUACCUGUGCCCUGCUGCGGUUCUGGGCUCCGGUUCGAGCAUCACCUGGGAACUCCCGGCCCUCAUCUUCCUGCGCAGACACGGCUUGGAUAUCGCCCAGGUGGUGAGGAAGGGAGUCCCGUAUCUCAACUGGGAGCAGGAGAAGUCUCUGGCUCGGGAAGUGGAGUCCAACCCCACAGCACUACUCUCGCUGGAGUGGGGCGAGGAGGUGUGGAAUGCCGUCACCUCGUGGCUGUCAGAAGCCAAACCCGGAGACUCCACUGUGCUCACUGAGACCGGGGUCCUGCCACCCGGCCCCUCAACUCGCCUUCUGCACUGGGUUCUCCGUUCCACGUUCCCCUCCAUCUGGACCUCGGAGAAAGAUGGCCAGCUGCUGCUCAUGAGGGUCACUCCAUCGGGCCGCGAGCAGCAGGAAGCCUCCACGCCCGGUGACCUUUGCCCCCUCGGCCUGAUGCGAAGCAUGCUGGGAGUCACCUCUGUGAUUCGCUACCUGGUGGAGGCACAGAAGCCUCUGGUCGGUCACAGCAUGUACCUGGAUCUCCUUCACGUCUUCCAGAGCUUCAUUGCCCCAUUGCCAGAGCCCUACGGGAAUUUCAAGCGUUCGCUGAGCGAGCUCUUCCCCUCCGUGUACGACACCAAACACAUGGCCCUGGCGUCCGAGAAGAUGCUGCUGAGGAAUGAUGUGUGUCAUAUGGACUCACUGGAGAACCUUUACAUGGCAUUCAAGAGGAUGAUGCCCUGGAAGCUGUACGCUCCUUCCAUGCUUCACGCUCCGGGGUUUGAGAAAUACAGGGACGGAGGGAAGCCGCACGAGGCCGGCUACGACGCCUUCAUGACCGGCUCCGUGUUCCUCAUGAUGACCUACUUAUCAGUGAUGGAAGGCCUCUGCGGCCGUCUCCAGGCGAGGCCGCAGCUGAGCGACUACCUGUGGGCCGCGCAGCCAUUUGUAAACCGCGUCCACAUGAUGCGCUCCUACACAGCCUACAUGAAUCUGGCUGGCGCUGAUCCAGCAGCGCGGUCCUCGGUGAUGUUGGUGGUGAGCGAGAGACGCGGUGGGGGCGGUGGCGGCGGCGACGGAGUCUGUGCGCGCGUCGCUGCGGCCGUUCGUUCCAGCGCCUCCUGCGACGUGCGUCCGCUGGGACCGCGUCGGGCGCUCGUCUGCCUCACGGGACUGCGCGGGCUGCGGGAUGUGAAGUCGAGGCUGCUGGACACCGGGAGGUUCAACGUGCGACGUUACAGACCCUGGAUGGACUCCAGACUCGCGUCCACCCUCUUCUGGGGCAGUGGAUUGAUAAUGGCCAUGUCCCUCUUCUUGUGGCUCGUGCCCGGUCCCAGCAAGAUUCAGUGACUCCACCAACUACCACCAACUCCAUCUCCACCACCUCCUCUUCUAUCUCCACCACCGCCACCUCCU